AUGGAGUUUGAAACAACCUACAGAGAUGAUCUUGCUCUGCGGCCGGUAUCUUGGUCGGAGAAUUGCUUGGAACCCCAUCUUGGAGAUGGGUUUUCUCUAGAGGUUUCCUCGUCAACAGGAUAUUUUCAAGAGCUUUGGAAAUUUGUUGAUGGAUCAUCAUCAGACACGGAAUUUGGGUUCUCCACUUUAUUUUUUGAUCAUUUGGAAGCGAUAGCAAGUGGGUAUUCGACAGUUUUGGAUGUUUACAAGCCUAAGCCUAUUACAGAAGAUUGUGGAAAUGGGAUCAUGGAGAUAUUUCAGAAUACAGGCUUAUUGAGUUAUACUCAGAGAACUCCGGAAACCACUGUGAUAGAACUGGAUAGAAGCCAUCUGUUCCUGCAGCGAAUUGAAUCGCCUAACUCUGGGCUGCCAGAUGAGAUUUCAUGUAUAACUUGGGAGAAUGGACCAUACAAGGAAGUUGGGUUAAAGAAGAGGAGUGUGGCAAUGAGAAAGGCAGGAAAAUUUCAAAAGAGAAAGAACGUAGUUAAAGGGCAGUGGAGCACUGAAGAAGACAGCAAACUAGUCGACUUGGUAAAGGAGUAUGGGAUGAAAAAAUGGUCUUAUAUUGCUGAGAGGUUGGAGGGCAGGAAAGGAAAGCAAUGCCGAGAGAGAUGGUACAACCAUUUAAGGCCUGACAUUAAGAAGGAUGGAUGGACUGAAGAAGAGGACACGGUUCUAAUCCAGGCCCAUGCAGAAUUAGGAAACAAAUGGGCAGAGAUUGCGAAGAGGUUGCCAGGAAGAACAGAAAACUCUAUAAAGAACCACUGGAAUGCAACAAAAAGAAGACUGCUUUCAAAGAGACGAUGCCGAAGCUCGAAAUGUUCAAAAUCAAAUUCCCUCCUACAGAACUACAUCAAGAGUUUGAGUAGUACUGCAGUAUCAACCGGGCCGGAUGAAUACCUACAGAACAUGUUCACCGACUCAUCAAACGCAUCAGUUCAUACUACGAUGGAACCAACAACUCAACUGCAGAGCACAGAUUUUUGUCCAGGUGAUGAUCCACCGGUCCCAAGUGAUGAUUCUAAUGAUGCAUCGGAAUUUUCUUUUGCUACGACAUUAUUUUCAGUGGAACACGGUAUUGAGUCUUUGUUUCAGGAAAUAUCGUGUGCAACAGUUCUGGACAAGCAACAUUUGGAUAUGGGUGAUAUGGCUUUAGAUAUGAUUACUCUAAUGGAUGGUGAAGUGAAGAGGGAAAUGGAUUUGUUGGAGAUGAUCGCUCAAAGCAACCCCAUUUAG